AUGGAUGUCGCCUACGACCACAUCCAGGAGGAAACCUUCCCCGACGACGAGCGCCGCGACAAGCCCGCCCAGGCCAGCGGCGCGUCGCAGGAGCAGUCCAAAGACUUCAAUACCGAGGUCCAGGAGGCCUACAAGGCCAUCAGCAACAGCCCCUGGGCCGCUCGCAUCGGCGGCUUGUGGGGCACGGGCGAGUCCUACUACGAAACCGCGCGCCAGCAGUCGGCGCCCGCGCUCGAGCAGGCCGGAAAAGGCCUGACGGAUCUCCGCACCACGGUGCUCUCGCACACCCGCAACAUCUCGAGCUCGCUGCCGCAGAUCCCCGCCGACGACGCCGCUGCCUCCGCGGCCGAUGCCAACACCAAGAAAACAAUCAUCACCGACAAGGAUGGUAAUACGAUUGAGGUCAAUGCGCCCGUCGCCCCGGAGAAGAGCGCGGCCGCGAGCGGCGGUGAGGAGCGCGCCGAGUCGCUGCCGGCCGACAUCGUCAAGGAGGCCGAGGGCAUGCUGUCGCGGCUGCGCGGCCUGGGCGCCGAGCGCCUGAAGGACAUCCAGAAGGCCGAGGACGCCGCCGACGAGGCCCUGCUGCGCUUCGGCACCAACAUCCGCAACUACCUGCGCGAGGCCGUCACCAUCACCGGCCCGGAGGACGAUUCGCAGUCUUCGACGAAGGUGCUCUUCGAGAGCAAGGAUGCGCAGGGCAAGCGCGUGAUUCACACGACCCGCUUCGAUGCCCAGCUGCACGUCAUUCAUGUGUCUCUUGAUAGCUUCUUGAAGGACCCGGAGAGCCCUGAGUGGGAGGGCUGGACCAAGCAGUUUGAUAUCGACAAGAAGACCGCGGAUAUUGCCAAGGAUCUGGAGAAGUACCCAGAGCUGCGGACGUCGAUGGAGGCGCUGGUCCCGGAGAAGGUCGAGUACAAGCCUUUCUGGACUCGAUACUAUUUCCUGAGGCAUGUCAUCGAGAGCGAGGAGCAGCGGAGGAGGGAGAUGCUGAAGGCGUCCGCCUCUGGCGCUGGCGAAGAAGUCGGCUGGGACGACGACUCGGAGGACGAGGAGGCCGACCGCUCCUCCUCUAAGACGUCUACCCCUAACCCGCUCGCCACCUCGCAAGGCACCCUCAAGCCCACCGACGCCGGCGCGAAGGCCAUCACUCCCGACAAGGACACGGCAUCGAAGCUCCGCAACAGCGACGAGCGCUCGCAAGCCGACAGCGACGCCAGCUACGACCUGGUCAGCGGCGCCACCAGCAAGACGCCCGGCAGCCCCAAGGAGGAGAAGAAGAACCCGGCCGCCGACGACAGCGAUGAAGACUGGGAGUGA